GAUACCCCAUUGCUUAUCGAGUGUUUAAAUUUCAAUACCAGUGGGAAUCAUGAGCUUAUUGGGUCACCUUCUACUCUUCGACAUGGUUUUGAAAGGCCAACUCAUCGUGGACAUUUUGUGGAAAAAGUGCAAUACAGUUUUCUUGAUUACAUAUCCAGCGGCUUUGAGCUUAAUUUCAUGGUUGCGGUUGACUUCACUGCUAUCAUGGAAGUAGGAGAGGUCAUCCAGUUUUAUGAUUCUGAUAGGAAUUUUCCUGUUUGGGGCUUUGGAGGAAGAACAUCGGAUGGUCACGUGUCCCAUGCUUUUAACUUGAAUGGAACUUCCUAUGGCGAUGAGGUUGUUGGAGUUGAAGGAAUCAUGUCAGCUUAUUCCAGUGCUCUUACCAACGUUCCUCUAGAGGGACCAACUCUAUUCAACCAUAUUGUGAAAUAA